CUCUUCCAAUCAACGCUGAUCUCUUCUUCUUUAUAAAUUCAUCCUUUUUCCCCAAAUUUGGAAGUGAUUUUUAGAAUUUGCCUUGUGAUUUUGAGGAUUGUAUCCGCCGCCAGGACCAGGCAUGUACCACAAUUACCCUCCGCCGAUGCUGGUCGACUGUUCCGGAUGCCGCACCCCUUUACAGCUCCCGCACGGCGCCCGAUCCAUACGUUGCGCCAUCUGCAAAGCCGUUACCAACAUCGCCGACCCCCGAUCCGUCCCUCCUCCCUCUCAGCAACCUGCUACUUCCGCCCACGCUCCUCCUCUGCCUUCUUCUUCCCCUCCUUCCCCCUACAACCACGCGCCUCCAGGUGCCCCUCCCCACGCGAACGGUCGGAAAAGGGCGGUGAUCUGUGGGAUAUCGUAUAGAUAUUCAAGGCACGAGCUCAAGGGUUGCGUUAACGACGCAAAGUGCAUGCGUUACCUUCUUGUCAAUAGGUUUAAGUUUCCCGAAUCUUCCAUUCUCAUGCUCACCGAAGAAGAAACUGAUCCCUACAGGCUUCCAACUAAGCAUAAUAUGAGGAUGGCUUUAUAUUGGCUAGUUCAAGGAUGUCAACCUGGUGAUUCUCUGGUGUUUCACUACUCUGGUCAUGGUUCCCGGCAACGGAAUUACAAUGGUGAUGAAGUUGACGGCUAUGAUGAGACCCUUUGCCCUUUGGAUUUCGAAACUCAAGGGAUGAUUGUUGAUGAUGAGAUAAAUGCAACAAUUGUUCGACCACUAACUCAGGGGGUUAAGCUUCAUGCGAUCAUUGAUGCUUGCCAUAGUGGAACUGUAUUGGAUUUACCAUUCCUUUGCAGAAUGAACAGGGUUGGACAGUAUGUAUGGGAGGAUCAUCGUCCUGCAUCAGGUUUAUGGAAGGGAACAAGUGGUGGUGAAGUAAUCUCCUUCAGUGGUUGUGAUGAUGAUCAAACCUCUGCUGAUACAUCUGCUCUAUCAAAGAUUACAUCAACUGGUGCCAUGACAUUCUGCUUCAUCCAAGCCUUCGAGCGGGGGCAUGGGGCUACAUAUGGGAGCAUUCUCACUGCAAUGCGCAAUGCUAUUCGAAGUGUGGGCGGCGGUGGUGGCGACCUUGUUGGUGGUGCUGUUACAUCCCUCGUCACCAUGCUUUUGACAGGAGGUAGUACUACCGGACUUGGUGGUGGGCUGAAGCAGGAGCCCCAACUGACAGCAUGUCAGCCGUUUGAUGUGUAUACUAAACCUUUCGUCCUUUGAUUUUCUUUUUCUAUAAACGUUUAUAUUGCGCUGUUCGUUAAUUGAAUGUGUUUGUAUCUCUAGAUAAGGGUUUGGAUUUCAUUUGUAUUCUGAAAACAUAUUGGUUGAGCAAGAACUUCCUGGGUUAUCCCAUCACAUUUCCUAGCUAUGAUUAAUAAAUCCACGUUUCUCUAUGUCUUCAA